UCAUCGCCAAUAGAGUUGAUCUACACCCUCAAGCAAUCCUUUUUGUAUAUAAUUUUUUCAUUAAUUCUCAGACUAUCUUACACACGUAGAUUUAAGUUUAUUUAUCUCGCCAAAACAUGGAAUCCUGCUGCAGAAUUUGCCGCAGAAUGGAAUUAGAAAAAUCGCUUUCGUUGGAUUUUCUGGCAGACACGACGGGGGAAACAAUUCAGUAUAUGAUUUUCUCUGUCACAGGACUAAUGGUCGAUAAAUCCGACGGUAUGCCCUACCAAAUCUGUCUUCUCUGUAUGGGAAGCCUCACGGUAGCAUACGAAAUGAAGCGACUAUGCGUCGAAUCGGACGCUUACUUUCGCAAGCGGUCGCCGAUAUUGAUACUUCCCGUGGCAGUUCAUUUAGUGAACGAUACUACGGAUACUACCAAUCAGACGAAUGCCGAUAAUGUAGAAGCACCGAGUUCUCCGUUAACUAUGGAGAUUAAAAUUGAAGAUGAAACAGUUGUGGAAGAUGCAAUAUACGAAGCUGUUGAAAAUCAUCAAUUGCCACACUCACCGCAGAAUAAUUCGGAACAGAAUUGGAACAUAGCAGUCAAUAUGAUGUAUUGUUGUUUUCCAAACUGUUCGGUUGGUUAUCCGUUUCAGGAAUUGCUGGUGGAACACGCCCGCCGGGAUCAUAGAGCCGAGAGAGAAGCAAAUAGUCUAGGUUGUCCUGAUAAUUGCUUUUUGUGCAUAACUUGUGGGCGAGGAUUUGAACAGGAAGCUGCAUUGCUUUAUCAUCGUAAACAACCGGCACCUAUUGAAACGGCGGACGCGCAAGAUUCCCUAGAAUUGCACAGUACUGCGCAAAAAGAUUGCAGUGAACAAAAUGUCCAUGCGGUGGAUUCCUCCGCCGAUUCUAAUGGUUUAAUUAUAGAUUUAGUUGAAAAUGAUGAAGAUGACGAAUCAAUUAGCGUAACCAACGCUGAUUUCAAAGCAUUGGGAUUUACGAUUGUAUGUUGUACUAACAUGUUUCUUUGCUGUUUAAAGCAUUGUAGAAGUAGCUUCGACACUGUGGAACAAUUGAAUAAGCAUUUCGAAAAUAAGCACUGGGAAACAAGAACACGUAAUGCUGUAACAAGUGAUCAGGCCGUAAGAUGCGCUGCUUGCUUUCUUGCAUUGUCAUCUCGUCAUGAUCUUCAGGCACACCAAGAGGCGAACGACCCAAUCUUUCGCUGCAAGUGCAACGGUUGUGGUGAGUUUUUCAAUUCGAAAAAGUCGGCCUACCAACAUGCUUGUAAAAAAGUUCGACAAAACAAUACAGUUAAGACCAAAAAAACAACUUCAAGAAAAAAAUUAUCAAAAAAAGCCCUUAAUAAAAAAGGGGCAAAUGAAGAAUACGUAAAAACUUCCAAAGGAUAUACAUGCCUAAUUUGCAAAAAAAAUUUCACCUUCUUGUCUACACUUACCAUGCACAGAUCCCAAUCCCACAACCGCCAUCGAAUUAACAAAGGGCCGGCGCGUGCUACAGAAGCAGAAGUUUCGUCUGCCUUGGAACUGUCAUGCGGGGAUAAUCUAGGUGAUAGCAGACAUGAAAAAAGCUACACUUGCCGUUGGUGCAGCACGACUACCAGCGAUGUAGACCAUCUGGUCAAUUGCUAUCUCAACAGUAAAAAGCCUAGAAACGAAGCUGCGACCAACAGGAAAACCAAACGAAGAAAACAAACUACCGACAAAAUAUCGUCAAGCAGUGAAAACACUCGCAAACCUUCCACAAGACGUCGGUCUGCCAAAGAUGAGCAGAAGAAAGCAAUGGAGGACAAGGAAAAAGAAACAGCAAUGGCGAAAGCCCUCCAAAUAGCGUUUAAAAGGUUCCAAUGUGAUGUUUGUGCAGAAUAUUUUGAGUACAGGUUUUUACUAGACGGACACAAAAAGACUCACACCGCAUAGCUGGCUUCGAUGAUGUAAACGAGGGAAAUUGAAUUUAUGCUAACUAAAAACUGCAGACAUGCAGAUCCAAGAACAAAAUCUCACUCAAAAUCACUGGUAGUCAAUUAGACCGAUACUCGCUUCAAACCGACAUAUGUUGGUAAAUGGUAAAUUUCUUUAGUAAUGAAUUAGAAUAUUAGACUACACAGUUUGCAACUUUCUCUUUUUUCGAAACCUGUAGUUUAUUCUGUUUAAGAAUAAAGUAAACUGCCAUACUGCGUGAAAUUACCUAGUCAUCCGAA